AUGACUGGAGGGGCCGCAGUGAAAAACAUCCGGUUGGCUUACGAGAUACGCUUCUCCGCUCUCUUCACCUCCGUACGGUCCGACCACCCUUUGCUCCACCCCAUCCCGUCUCCGUCUGCGUCUGCGUCGGAGGAGCUCGAGGAAGAUGCUGCUGCCGCCGCCGCGGGGCUGCACGUGACGGCCAACGGCCGGUACGGGCUCAGCGACGGUGCUGCCACGUCGGCUCCGGCUAACACCACGUUCAGUCGGCGGGCGCUCCACCUCCCCGAGCCGGCGGCGGACGCGGGCGGUGAGCUUCAGGAAGAGAAACUUGUGGGAGACAAAGAAAAGGUGGUGGAGCAACGAGGUGUAGCCGGCCGACAAGGCGCAUUAGUCAAGGAUGUUGAUGCUGCCAGGGUUGAUCUUGUAGAGUGCAACGCUGAUCCGCUGAGAGCUGCCAGGGAUGCCAUCCACCCAAAGGAUGGAACCACAAGUUGUGACAUUGCUUCUGCCGAGGACCAAGACAAGGUGGGACCAGCCAAGACCAAGAAUGUUCUUGCCGUGGAAGAUCAGGAGGCGCUGCUGCCAGAUGUCAUCGUCAGAACGAGUGAAUGUACAGAUAGCACUGCUACCGAAGAUCAAGACAAGGCAGUGCAGCAAUGUGACACUCGUGAAUUGGGAACAACCAAGAAAGGCGCCGAGGAUCAUCAGGAGGCGGUCCAGCAAGGUGUCAUUCACAAAGAGGGUUCAGCCAUGAAUGCUGUCAAAGAGCAAAUAGUCAUGGCCGGAAUGCACGCUACCGUACAUGAUAUUGCUGUCCAGGAUCAACACAAGGGAGUGGACGCCACUUAUGACUUGGGAGCCGUCGAGAAUGGUGAUGCUGCAGAAGAUCGGGAGGAGGUGGAGCAAGGUGUUGUUGGGAAAGAGGGUUCAACCAUGGAUGAUGACAUUUCUGUUGAAGGUCAAGCAAGAGUGCUACAUUCAGUGAAUGAACAUAAUAAGGUGGAGAAUCAAGGUGUCAUCGACGGAAAUGGCAGACCCAAGGAUGAUAUUCAUGUGGAGGAACAUGACUAUCUGAAGGAACAAACCAUUGAUGCUAAUUGGGGUACGUUCAGUGAUUCUACUCAUUCAGAAGAUCAGAAGAAUAAGGCUGGGCUGUACAAUGGUGAUGAACAGAUAGCACGCAAGGACAUGUAUGCUGUUCACGUGAAGAGGAUCUUUUUGGAUCAAAGGGCCGGCGACAAACAGGGAGCAAAAAAGUCUGAUUUUACUGUUCAAAAGCACAAGGAUGCAGUAUGGCGUGUUUGUAAUGAACGGAGUGCACCUGAUGAUGAUCUUGGUAUGGACAAGGCAGCUUCUCUGAGUAUCGCGGAAAUUUCAUCUUCUGAGGUGGUUUCAUCCACGGAAAAUGGCAGUGAUGUUGGUAUAGGGAAGAAGGAGAAGGUUAAGUUUCCCAUUAGUUAUCCGCAAAGGCCUGGGAAACUCAACUGCCCCUUUUACAUGUCAAAAGGGAGCUGCUCAUACGGGUUCUCAUGCCAAUUCCAUCACCCACCAAUUAAAGCCAAGUCAGAUGGUACACGGUGUCCCUCUCAACAAGGAAAUCAUGGCGUUGCAGAAAUUCUAGAACUCAACAGCAUUGGCCUCCCCAUACGAGAAGGAGCAAGAAGUUGCACAUAUUAUAUGCGGAAUGGUGCUUGCAAAUAUGGCAAGCACUGUCAUUUUAACCAUCCAGAGCAUGUCGUUGAUUCUCAGUUCUAUGCACCAACAGAGUCGGAGGAUAGUGCUUUGCAAUUGGAGAAGUCUUCUGACCACCACACAACAGUAGAUGAUACAUCACACUUGAAGAAAUCUUCUGAUGAUGCAACCUUGGAUGAUACAUCAUACCCAGAGAAGUCUUCUGACCAUCCAACCUUAGAUGACACAUCAUCUAGCACAUGGAUCCUGCCACCAAACAUAUUAAGAAUGCUUUUACCUCCCCAAAAAGUACCAUCCAGUACAGAAGCAAAGGUGAUACCGGCGAAAAAGGAUUCAAAUUGGUCAUCUACUUCAGAUAAUUCUGAUGGUUGUUGUUCAGCUGAUAGUUCAGAUGCGCCUUUGUGCAAGCAGGAGCAUGUGGGUAGUACAGAUGGACCUUUGUGCAAGCAGGAGCAUGUGGAUUACCCUGAGAGACCUGGCAGACCAGAAUGCCCCUUCUAUAUGAGAUUUGGUGAUUGUAAAUUUGCAUCAUCAUGCAAAUAUCACCACUCGAAAGACAAAUACCCAACUACAGACAAUCUGGAAGUUCCAUCACUGGGAGGGGAACAGACAGAAUAUCCUGAGAGACCUGGGGAACCAGACUGCCCUUUCUAUAUGAAAAACCGGUUCUGUAAAUAUGAAGCACAAUGUAGGUUUAAUCACCCAAAGAAUUCAAAUCCUACAGCGCAGAGCCCAAGAAAUGCAAAAAAUUAUGUUGCCACUAAUGGACAUCGUCAAUCUGCCAGAAUCACACUAGAAGACUAUAUGCCCCAGCAACAGCAGUAUCCUGAGAGACCUGGUCAGCCAGACUGCCAGUACUACCUGCAAUUUGGGAAAUGUAAAUUUCUGUCUGCAUGUAUAUUUCACCAUCCAGGAGAUGGACUUCCUGUUGGGCGGAAUCCCUCAGGUCCAGCUCACUCUGAUCAGAUUGGACCUGCAAUACAUGACAUGCCAGACUGCCCAUUCUAUAUGAAAAGGGGGAAAUGUCAAUUUGGAUCAGCAUGCGAAUUUCGUCAUCCCAAAGAUAUAGGUUCUACUACAGAGGUAGCAAUGUAUCCCCAAAGGCCUCGUGAACCUGAGUGUUUGCACUACAUGAAUCAUGGGUUCUGUAUGUUUAAGAUGAAAUGCAAGUACCACCAUCCAGCAGACCAGCUCUCUAGUAAACAUUACGACUCGACUAACCACUGA